GAAGAAAAAGGAGGAGGAGGAGGAGGAGGAGCGGAGAAACAGGUGAAAGACUGUGAGAUUGGGGCAACCACGCUGGGUCUUACCUCACCUGACAGGCUGACACACACACACACACACACACACAGUCAGUCGCGGGCAGGAACAUAGCGAGAGAGGGCGUACAUCCCUUCCUCCUCCUCGCCUUCACCGCGUGCCUAACCCCGGUGCCCUUCGAUCCCCUCCCUUUGCGCGCCCUAACCCUCCCCCUGCCCAGUGCCAUGAAGCCCCCGGUGUGCGCGUGGCUUCUGGCGGCGCUGGUGGUGGUGGCGGCGGCCCAGGACCAGGCACUCCCGCCCCCCGCUCUCCCGCUCAUGACGGAGGCGCUGAAGGAGGAGCUGCCGAAGUACCGUUUUAAUGAGGGUGGCUUCUGGCGACUUUGGGAGUACGCCCUGAGACAUGACCUCCCCCCAGCGCCCCCAGCGGCUCCCCCAGGUUCCCCAGCCAUCCCCAGGGGCAGUGGUGUUGAGGCGCGAACGGUCCUGGCGCCGAGCUCGUCCGCCGAAAGCAACCUCAUACCCCAGGACGCGGGGGACGUGCGCUUCGGCUCCUCCCCGCCCCUCAGGUCCCUCCGGCGCGGCUACCUCCUCGACCACCUCCUCCUCGAGCCGCUGUCCCCCACCGACCCCCGCCUCAGCCUCCCCGACGGCGCCUCCCUCACCACGGCCUCCGGGAAGAGUGUCACGCUGACCCAGGAUGAGAAAGGCGUGGUGUCGAUCAACGGCGUGGCCUCGGAGCGCGUGGAGACCCUUGCGGACGGCACAGUCAUCUACUUCCUCUCCGACAUCCUCUUCGACAACCGCGCGCGCGUGACCGAGGCCUUCCACGCCGUCCACACGCCCGGCCUGGCCACGGACCCCCUCGGACCCCCGCUGCCCCUGCCCCACCGCCCCGUCAUCAGGGCUCCCGCUCCCCCGCCCCCAGGAACCCCAGGCAUAGCGCGCCCCCCAGCCAUUCCCCUGGACCACGCCGUCAUCAGAGCACCAGCACCACCCACCGGAGAACCCCAGCCCCCUGCAAGCCCCCCCGCCAUUCCCCCAGACCACGCCAUCUUCAGAGCCCCAGCGCCCCCCACAGGAGAGGAGCCACGCCCCCCCGCCCCCCCAGUAGGCCCCAAGUCCCCCAGGACCUCCGAGGCGGUGUCUCCCCCAGCUCCCCUCCUGCCUAACAAAACGGAGAGGGCCCCAGCGCCGCCCCCAGCAGGCACUCCUCGACUGGUUCGGGUGAGGCGUCAACUCCACUUCCCGGUGUUGAAGGGGUUGAGGGAGGUUGACCCCGUUGUGAGAGCUGGUGGUGGUGGUGGUGAUGACCUGCACCUCCACAGCCUUCCUCCACCUCACCUCCACCUGGGACCACACCACCACCACCACCGCCAACACCACUCCUCCUCCUCCUCUUUCUCUUCCUCUUCCUCCUCCUCCUCAUUCUCAUCCUUCACAUCCUCUUUGUCUCCUACUGCGCUUUCCUUCCCCUCCUCCUCCUCCUCCUCCUCCUCCUCCUCUUCUUCCUCUUCCUCUUCCUCUCAACCUCUCGCUCUCUAUAGUCUUCCUAACCCAGAAAGGCAGCCAGAGGACGAGAUAGAGACAGAGAACGAAGAAGAGGAGACAGACAGCGAAAGAGAGGAAGGAGAAGAGAAGGAAAAAGAGAUAAAAGAGAAAGAAAAACAAACACCAGUAACACAAACACCAGUAACACCACCAGUAACACCACGUGACCCGCUGACCUCCAUUGACCUCUUCGCUACCCUGUUCCGUGGUGAUGGUGGUGGUGGUGGUGGUGUUGAUGGUGGUGACGGGGUGGUGGCGGCGCUGAGGAGGGAAGGACUCACCACUCUGCUCCUACUCCUUGAGACUUCAGGACUUCUUAAUUUCCUCAUAACGGGAGAACGCGGCCCCUACAUCGUACUGGCGCCCACCGAGCAAGCCUUCGCCAGACUCAACCGGCAGGAGCUUCGCCAGGUGGCCCGCAGCUCCGACCUCGCCUACCACCUCCUGCCGCUGCCCGCGCGCGCCGCCUCCCGCGUGACCAACGACGCCACCUUCGCCACGCUGCUGGGCCCCGAGGUCAGGUUCAACGUGUACGGCGACAACGUGUACGUGAACGGCGCGAGGGUGGUGCACGGCGACGUGGACUUCAGGCACGGCACGAUACAGGUGGUGGACUCCGUGCUGUCGGCGCCCGUGGGGGACCUGCAGACUGUGUUGGUGGCUAGCGGCCCGUCCUUCAGCAGGCUAAACGCCCUGCUCGCCAUGCUGGACGCGGCUCUGCUGACGGAGGGUAGCUACACCCUGCUGGCGCCCCCUGACUCCGCCGUCACGUCCAAGGGGUACUCGUGGCCGCGUCUGCUCACGGGGCGGGAGUGCGCGCGGGGCCUCCUGAAGCGGCACCUGCUGGAGGGCACCUGGUACACCGAGGGCCUCCUGCAGCGCCGCACCGUCACCACCCUCGCAGGCACCACCAUCACCUUCAGGAGGGACUCGGACGGCACGGUCUCAGCCAACGGAGUACCAUUUAGAACACGCAACCUGACGGCGACCAACGGCGUCGUGCACCUCAUCUUCGACGUCUUGCCGGAGUCGGACGUCGGCACGGACCCCACGAGCCUCCCGCUGCCUCUCUUCCCCCAGACGGAAGCCCCAGCACCCCUACGCCUUCCCCCUCUCCCUCCUCCUCUUCCUCUACGUCUUCCUCCUCUUCCUACUCCUCCUCCUACUCCUCCUCCGUCGCACUCCGUCACUGGGCUGUACGAGACGCCGCGGCAAGACACGUUCCUUCGCUCCGUUUCUUCGUUCAGCUCCACGACGCAGAAUGUUCCGUCAUUUGAGGAGUAUAUUAAGGAAUGGGCGACUCCUGAGCCAUCUUCUCCUCCUCCUCCUUCACCUCCUUCACCUCCUUCACCCCCUUCUCGACCUCCUCCACCUCCUUCAGCUCCCUUCCCACCUCACCAUCUCAAGGGCAUCACACGGGGGGGCUUGCAAGACGAGCCAGGCGUCGGGAAGUUAAUGGCACCGUCAGGGCAGCAACUUCUUGAGCUCCUGAGGCUGGUGAACUGCGGAGGGCGGCCCGUGUCCCUGCCCGCCCCUCAGUCCAUCCUCAGGUCGCUCCCCGCCGAGGAUAAGGCGCGUCUGAGCCUCCCCGGGGCGCUGAGGGAGGCACAGGCGAGGCAGGGCGAGAACGAGGUGGUGGCGGCGAGUAGUUUCAGGAUACAGCAUCAAGAAGAACAAGAGCGACUGCAGCAGGAGGCGGUGAAGGUGGAGGAGAACGCGAGACACAGGGAGAACGCGAUUAACACAGCCCACACCAAAACACACCCCAGCGGAACCAAGACCCACCCCGGAGUUACCCCUUUCCACCCCUCCAUUUCCUCCUCCUUCGCCCCAGCCCCGCCACCCCCAGUUCACAGCCUACCCCAAGUGCCUCCCCAACGCCCCGCCCCGGUGGUUCCCGAGGGCGUGGCCGUGUGGAGACCCCCGGGGGCGCUGACGGAGGAGGAGCGGGGCCGUACAGACUUGCUGGGGCUCCUGAAACAUCUCAACCUGACCAUGUUUUCAAGAAUGGUGGAGAGAGCUGACCUGACCUUCGUCCUGGGGCAUGAGGGGCCCUGGACCGUGUUUGCCCCCACCGACGAGGCCCUCAGCGCCAUACCCCGAGACGUCCUUCGCCAGGUGGUGUCCCAGAGGCCCUUCCUGCGGCGCCUCGUCUCCUACCACCUCGCCCCGGGCCGCCUCAGCCACGCCUCCUUCAGCCACGGCCUCCGCAUCCCGACCCUCCACGCAGGACACGCCAUCCUCAUGUCCUACUACACGGAUGGUCCCGCCGCGCAGCGGUGGGUGGCGGGAGGCAGCGUGGUGACGGCCCUGGACCAGCGCGCGAGCAACGGUGUGAUCCACGUGCUUGACCGCGUUCUGUACCCGCCCUACGGAGACCUGCCCGCCACGCUCGCCCUCUCGCCCAUACUCACGGCGUUCACGGGUCUCCUCGCCCAGAGCCCGGCCCUCCUCCGCCUCCUCUCAGGUUCCGGCCCCUUCACCCUCUUCGCGCCCUCCGACGGUGCCCUUAAGAACGCCACCAUUCCCCGCGACCCCGACGACCUGGAGGCCUGGAUGAGGGCGCACGUGGUGGAGGACGCGUGGUAUACCUCCGGCUUCUCCAACACCUGGCCGCUCAUCUCCACCUCCAACCAGUCUCUCUACACCUCCACCUCCCCGGCCCAAGACAUCAUCAGAGUCAACGGCGUCCUCAUCACCUACGCAGACAUCACAGCCUCCAACGGGGUCCUGCACGUGCUUCAGUCCCCCCUCUUAUCCCCCACCUAGCCCUCGUCACAGAGAACGGGGACGUAUUGCGAAAGGCCUACACGCUAUCGAAGUAUAUAGGGGCGUAACCUAAAUACUUUGACGCAGUAUUCCCACUGCUACCACCGCCGGGACUUCUAUUUAGCGUGUUUAGCAGGUUUUUUUGAGGCUUAAAGACCACGAGACGGAGGUAACAGUGUUUGAAGUGUCGUGCCGGUGUUGUAUUUUAAGGGUAACUCGUGUGUUUUCAUUUCGAGGUUGUAUACGAAGGGACAGACGCACUAUUAUUGCUGCUAACAUCGCCGGGACCUCUGAUUAGUGUGUUUAGCGGGUUUUUGAGGCUUAGAAGACCACGAGACGGAGAGAAUACCGUAGAAAGUGUCCCUCCGGUGUUGUAUUUUAAGGGGAACUCAUGUCUUUUGAUCUCGGGGUUGUGUAAGAAGGGAAAAACUCACUUUUUACAAUUCGUUUAGCGUUUGUGAGGUCGCUAGAUAACAUGAGAUCGAGAUAAUACCACAGAAAAUGACUCGGUGUUGGUCUCCUCUAUGGGUAACUCGUGUAUGUAGUCUUCAGGCUAUGCAGUGUGAGAUGAACUCUUUUCUACCUUCGUUGUUUAGCGUGUUAGUGUGUGUUCGAGGCCCGAGAGACCGCGAGACAAGGCCACAGUGAAAGACAAAGUUGUGUGUUCGUUCACGAGGACCUACGAAGAGAGGGAGAGCUCAUUCGUACCUUUGUUUUAGUGGUUUAAGAGGAAAUGAGGUGUGUGUGUUUUAUAUUCCUUGCUCUUCAUCACUGUGUCUUUCGUUUAGAAGUAAGAACACAAAACAUUUUUUAAGUAUCUUUUGAUGAUUUGUAAAUAGUUAUGUAUACGUUAAUUUUAUCCCGUUCUCUCUAUCGCCCUGUUUUUAUAGAAUCUCAAUAAUACAAACCCAUUUUUAUCUAUACGAGGCUUAUAAAGAACACAGAGCAUCUCUUUUUGGUACUUUUUUUAUGUUUUGUAAAUAUUUAUGUAUACGUUGAUCUUAUUUCGUUCCCUCAAUCACCGUGUUUCUUUUAUGAUCGAACCUCAAUAAUACAAACCCAUUUUUAUCUUUACGAAGCUUAUAAAGAACACGAGGCAUCUCUUUUAGGUACCUUUUUUUAUGUUUUGUAAAUAUUUAUGUAUACGUUGAUCUUAUUUCCCUCCCUCAAUCACCCUGUUUGUUUUAUGAAUCGAACCUCAAUAAUACAAACCUAUAUUUUCCCCCUCUGAGGCUUACAAUGAAGGAAAUAGUGAGAGAACUUUCACAGUGAUGCGCUAAACAGGUAUAUAUAUCAUUACUAGGCGUGUCACGUGGCUAAUUAAGACAAGUUACCUGAGCAGAACCAAGUGCCUGGGCUGUAGGAUACAUGUGUGUGUGUGUGUGUGUGUGUGUGUGUGUGUGUGUGUGUGUGUGUGUGUGUGUGUGUGUGUGUGUGUGUGUGUGUGUGUGUGUGU